CGUGUACUAGUGUUUACUGCACGCGCGUGCCCGUGAGCGCAUGCCCGUGAUAAAACGACGCACGUGACUGUUCACGCACGAACAGGCUACAUGGACCGACACAGAGCCGCUUCUCAUUAUUAUGCCUGUUCUACACGCUGAAAUAACUUAGAGAAUGCUAUAAAGCCACUCUUCCGUCAUGCUGAGUCGCUUACAGGAGCUCAAGAAAGAAGAGGAGACUCUUCUAAAAAUCAAAGUCAUGCUGCAAGAUCAGCUUAACAGGCUAAAGUUUGAAGAGGGAGCCCUGAAGUCCAUGAUCGAUGGUCAGUCUGAGGAGAGCCCAACUGAUCCUGCUCCUCCCGAGGCUGAGGUCAACCUAGACAAUGAAAGUGAAAUCAAUCAGACUAAACUAAUACUAGGUGCUCCUACUGACUAUGAAAUGGAAGAAGAGGAAGAGGAGGAAGAUGAUGACGACGACGAAGAGGACGAUCUUGACAUGGUGCUUGAGGAGGAAGAUGACGACGACUACUGAAUCUUGCAUUCAGUUAGCACAAGUGAACUGUUUAGGUGUGUAAUGAGCAAAUUGGCAUGCCAGAAGAUAUGUGUUAAUAGAUUGCUUCUGUUUCUUGUUUUGUCUACAGAUGAUAUAAUUUAUUAACUCUAGCUAAAAUACAACUUGAGAUUAAACCACAAAAUAGUGUGUAGCAACAAGCAAGCAUAGAGGCUCAGACAUUUUUGGUACUGUAUAUGAGGCUAUGCCUACACUGUUGUCACUUUUAUAAAUGUAAGCCUGCACCAUUGUUGUAUUACAUUCAUUUUGUUGAAAAUAUGUUCAUGUAACCAAUGUUUCAGAUGACCGUUCAUCCAGGUUGAAUGUACUUACAUUAAUAGCAUUCGUAUUUAAGUUGAGAGUUGCCAGAGAUGUAAUGUGAGAGACAGAGUGAAUGCAUGUGUGUAUCUAAUGCAUGUGCCUAUAGGUCAUUUCUUGAUGAGCCAGUACUGUACAGUGAUGUUUUUUUGUACUUCAUGAGGAAUAUUGUAUAUGUUUAGUAUAGUGGUUUAAAUUAAUUAAGCACAAUACAGAAGUUGAACUCCC